AUGAAGGAUUUGAAUGUUAUCAAUAAACUUUUAUCAUCAAAUAAUGAAAUGAAUAAAAAAAAUAAUGAUAGUGAUAAUUGUGUUGUCAUAGAAGAUGAAAUAGAUGAAAAUUAUGCUGAAGGAGAGUUGGAAGAAAAGAACGAAGAAGAUGAAGUUGGCGAUAAUAAUAUGAAUCAAAAUUAUAUAGAUGAUGAUAAUAUAAAUGAUGAUGAUAAUUAUAAUUACCAUGACGAUAAUGAGGGCGAUUAUGAGGAGGACGAUGAUAAUGGUGAAGACUAUUAUGAUGAUGAAUAUAAAUAUGAAAAGGUUCAAAGAAAAGAUAUAUUUUUAAAUAUUGAUAAAAUAGGUUUUUAUGAACUAGUCUUAAAACAACUUUUGGAUGACAACUUAAUAGAGUCAUACAAUAUUAUGAAGGCAGAGCUAAAUAAUUUGGAAGAAAAUAAAUAUGUAAAAGGAGAUUUCCUUUUUAACAUGUAUUUAAAAAGUGAUAAUAUAAAUUUUUUUCAAGUUCUCAAAAGGGAAAAAUGUUAUGAAAAAGAUAAAAACGUGGAUGAUGAAGAAAUCAAAAGGGAAGAUAAGGAAAAGGUAAAAAAGGAGGAUGAUAUAAAAGUUAAGAAGGAAGAAGAGCAAAAGGAUGAAGACGAAGAUGAUGAAAAAAAAUUUAAUAAUGAUGAAAAUAAUGAAAAUAAUAACAAUAAGGAAAAUAAUAACAAUAAUGAAAAUAAUAACAAUAAUGAAAAUAAUGAUGAUAAUAGUGAUGACGAAAAAGAUCACAUUAAUAAUGUAUCUAGUGAUAAUCCCAAUAUAUUAAACAAAUUAGUAGAUAACAACGUUCUAAACAUAAAACUAAAAAUGUAUAAUAAUAACAAUUUUAUAUUAAACUAUGAUGUAAAUAGCGAAAGAGUAAGAAGGACCUAUUCGUAUGAAGUAAAUGAUCAAAUUGAAUUGAUACACAAAAACAAAUGUUUAUGUUGUGAUAUAAAUUAUAAUAAUAGUAUAUUGUGUUCAGGUGGUUCAGAUAACAUAGUAAAGAUUUCAAAAAUGUAUGAUAUAAAAAAUAAGAAAAAAAUUUAUAAUAUUGAUAAACAUAAAGGAAAAGUGAAUUGUAUAAAGUUCCAUCCAUUUAAAAAUAUUUUAUUUUCUGGAAGUGAUGAUUGUACAAUACAAAUAAUUGAUGUAAAUAAAAUAUUUAAGAUGAAAAAACAAAAUUAUUAUAUGCGAAAAGAAUUCGAAGAAACUUAUCAAAAUAUUUCUAUUCAGGAUAAAAAUCCAUAUAUAUCCAUGUAUGUACAUCCAUGUGGAGAUUUUUUAUAUGCAAGUAAUAAAAAUGAAAGCAUAUUAAAAAUGUAUGAUAUACAAACUUUAACUUGCUUUACAUCAAUAGAUACAUAUAAAUAUCAUACGUCAACAAUUAAUGACAUUCAUGGAACUAUAGAUGGUACAAUGUAUUCUUCCGUUAGUGAUGAUGGUCAUAUUAAAAUUUGGGAUGGUCAUAAUUCAAAAUUAGUACAUACACAAUUGAAUGCUCAUAAUGGUUAUUCUAUUGAAUCUGUUAAAUUUAAUAAAUCAGGAUUUUAUAUGUUAACAGCAGGAUUAGAUGGACAAAGUAAAAUCUGGGAUUUACGAAAUUUCAAAUCCUUAUUUACAUUUGGUAAUGGUUUAUCAUGUUCAUCUAAUAAAAGUAUAUUUAUGAACAAUGAAUAUUUUAUAGCUAAUAUAAUUCAACCUAAUGAAUAUUUUAAAUCGCAACUAUAUAUAUAUAAUGCUUAUUUUGGAAAUAUGGAAUAUAAUAUACAAAAUAUACAUAACGAUAAAAUAUCUGACAUUGUGAAUGCAGCAGGUUUAUUCAGUCUGUAUACAUCAGGAUAUGAUUGUUUAUGUAAGCACAUUCAAAUUGAGCAAAGGUAUUUGUCAACACUUAACUAG